AUGUGGCCACCGGCUGUUUCUGGCCAGCGGAGACCGCGUCCUAGUACUGGUGGAGGUGGUGGUAGUGAUGGUAGAGUUGGUACUGGUGAAGGUGGUGGUGGUGAUGACAAUGAUGAUGGUGGUGGUGGUGGUGAUACUAGUGCUAGUGGUGGUGGUGAUGAUGAUGGUGGUGGUGGUGGUGGUGAUGGAGGUGGUGAUGAUGAUGGUGGACCCAGUACUGGUGAAGGUGGUGGUGGUCCUGGGGGUACAUCACGCUUCCAACGACGUCCUACAUUAUGCUCUGGUGUUGGCGGUGCUGGUACGACUCCACCCUUAUCCCGAUCUAAACUUUUUAAUGCUUCUGCUGAAAGACUACAACACUUGUGGUUCACCAUCACUAAUUCAUGGAUGAGUAUGGAAAUUAGUAGACAUGAAAUUUUUGGCAGAGAGUGUGGUGCUCAUGGAUACCUUAUUAUCGGUUAUGGUGAUUGUGAUGAUGAUGAAAAUGGUGGUGCAAGCUCUAGUGGUGGUGGAGAUAGUACUGGUGAUAAUGGUGGAGGUGGUGAUACUAGCGUUAGUGCUGAUGGAGGUGGUGGUGAUGAUGAUAGUGGAGAAGAUGCUGGUGAAGGUGGUGAUAAUGAUGGUGGAGGUGACAAUACUAGCGCUAGUGUUGGUGGAGGUGGUGGUGGUGGCUCUAGUGGUACAUUACGCCGCCUCCAACCACUUCCUAUAUUAUGCUUUGGUGGUGGUGGUGGUGCUGCACGUCCACCAAUAUUCCGGUCUAAACCAUCUACCUCUCCGGCAACAUUGUAG